CGAAUGCAGUACAUCCGGUGUCACAACAAAUCGGGUCCCUCGAAAAGUAACUAAUUGAACAUCAUUAAUUUGUUUUGUUUAUAACUGAAAUAUCUGGACAUUUACCACUUAAUUUAACAUACAUUAAAGAUGAUUGUGAAUACAUGUAGGUUCGACACGCUUCCGGAAACGGUGGGCUCCCCGACCAGCGUCACACUGAAGGCCUUCACGAUGCACAUGGAGGAGGUGAUUGAGAGUAAAGUGGUUGAUGAAGACGGUUCUGCUGAGGGUGAGACGGGUGUGGUGACGGUCUCAGGUCUGUACUCACAGAACCCUUUACAGCGCAGCGUCAGUCAGCUGAUCGACAAGAAAGACGAGGAAGCGUGGGAGCCGCACUUCAGACGCCUUGACAGCGGCCUGUUUGAAGGUGAGGAGUUUGUGGACAGCAUCAAAGGCUUCAGCACAGUCAGGAAAGAACAUACCAUGUUCACGGACACUAACCUUUGACCUUCAUCAUGACUUCUGACCCUCAUCUCACAUGAGAGUAGGACUGACACUUUCUCCAAACAUCACCUCAUAACAGAGGGAAAUAAACUGAACUACUGUAUGUUUUGGUGAACUCAGAGCCGCUCUGAGACUCUAGUCUCUAUGGACCUGCGACAUUAAUCGUGUCUCCAACUCAGACGGGAGGAAAUUAUAUUAUACAGCAGGCCAAAAAAAAGGUUCACAUCAACAUUGAACCAUGACACUAAUAUUUCUGUAAGAUGGCAAACAAGCAUUGUUUAAAGUUGGCUUGGAUGGAAUAUUUGUUUUAACUGAAAAUUUGCAAAAUCUUUUGCUGAAAACUCAAUGUUUUUAUUUUUUAAAGAAGUUGUAAUUUUAUGGCAAAUGUAGUAUUUAAGAGGUUACUUGAUAAUAAAGACAUCUUUUCAUUAAA